AUGCAGUAUAUGAAUACAGCCUCGGCCGUAGCAGCUGCUUCCGGUGCGGCUGUCGCGGACGAGGAGGAAGAACAAGCCCCACGGGGAAAUAUUCUCAAACUUUGGGGCAAUCAGCAAACUAUGAAUCUGAAUGCAAUGAUCUACACCAAUGUCACGCAAUCCCCAUACUUCAAGGCAAAUUUGAUUGAACUGAAAACCUAUCAUGAAGUGAUCGAUGAGAUAUACUAUAAGGUGGAACAUUUAGAACCGUGGGAAAGAGGUAGUCGUAAAGUCGGUGGUCAAACUGGUAUGUGUGGUGGUGUGCGGGGUGUCGGCGCCGGUGGGAUUGUCUCCACCGCAUAUUGUCUAUUGUACAAAUUGUUUACAUUGAAAUUGACUCGAAAGCAGUUAAAAGGUCUUCUUGAUCAUCCCGAUUCACCUUAUAUUCGGGCUUUGGGAUUCAUGUAUGUCAGAUACUGUUUACCUCCGGAUGAUUUCUGGUGGUGGUAUUCACCAUAUCUUGACGAUUCGGAGGAGUUGGAUGUGAAGGCUGGUGGUGGUUGUAUGAUGACUAUCGGCUCAAUGCUCGAACAUUGGCUUACAAAAUUGGAUUGGUUUACGACUUUGUUCCCACGCAUUCCGGUUCCCGUACAAAAGAAGUUGGAAGAGAAGUUGCGUUUGCGUCGCUGUCAAAUGAUGUUACAAAAUCCGCCUGCGCACGGCCCACAGGCCACCGAGGCUCGUCGACCGAUCAGCCAGAGUGUGCGUGAUGUACCCGAGGACGAUCGACGGAAACAUCAUAGCCAUUCGCAUAAAAGCAAGCAUGGAGAUCGUGAACGGCAUCGACACCAUGGUCACCGAUCCCGAUCGCGGUCCCACGAACGUCGCCGUUCUCGAUCACCUCGUCAUCGGGAAAGUUCGUUCGAACGUGAUCUGCGACGGGCACGCGAACGUCAGGAACGCGAUCGACGAAGAAGUCGAAGCUGA